GCAGCCAGAGGCAGUCUAUUUAAAAGACAGCCUGUUCUGCAGUAUUCAGUCUCUUUAGAAACUUCUCCAGGGGAAAAGUGUUGGGAGAUCUACAAAGUGGAUUUUUUUUCCUCUUUUUUUUUUUUCCUUUCCCCCUGAUUUUUUACCGCUCCUCUGCCGACUUUGCAACAAAACAUUCGAACUUUGCAGAAAACUUUUUUUUUGUUUUUACUCUUUUGGUCUUUUUUUUUCUUUGCAAAUCUUGGAAGAGGGAAGCGGGAGAGUUGAACAGAGCCGAUCGAAACACAACUUUGCUUCAUACCAAGCUUCCCAGCAGCUCGCUGCGUCGGGAGAGACUUUUCCUCCUGCAGAAGAAGAGGGAGGGGAGGGGAGCUUUGCAUCCCCUCUUCCUUCUCCUGCGUUUUCUUUUUUUUUUUUUUUUUCUUCUCCUCUUGACUGCUUUGAUGCAUUAUUAGCAGGACACUGGUUUUCAAGGAACUUUGCUCCCUUCCCAACCUGCCUCCUCCCAGCCCUUUGGGAAGAGUGUGUGUGUGCGCGUGAGUGAGCGAGUGUGUGAAAUCGCCGUCCCACCUCCCCAAACACCCCUGCUCCCCCACGCCUCCCCCUGCAACCUGUAGGCUCUGCAACCCCUGCAGGCUUCGCUCCCUUUCCCCCCUCCUUCCCUCCCUCUUUUUUGCGCUCCCGCGGAUCGCGGUGCGAAUUCCCUCUUUCGAGGCGAGAAAAAGCUGAAAGGAGAAACGGGGAGGGGGGGAAAAAGGACAAAAAAAGAGGAAAUCUAGACGUCCCCCCUCUCCCAACGCCAAAAGGAAAGCAGGAGGGUCUCGCACCCCGAAAUAACCCCCAGAGUGGGGCGCCUGCAAGCAGGGGCUGCUCUUUCUUUUUUGAAUUUUAUUUUUUAAAAUUCUUUAAUUUUUUUCUUUAAUUUUUUUCCUUUUAUUCUUUUUUUUUUUUUUUUGGCCCCCCGAAGGGGCAAACGGAAAGCCAGCGCCGCCCGCUCCCGGCAGCCCCCCGCGCCCCGUCCCGCAGCAUCCCCGCCGCGAUGCUGCUGCGGCUCCUGGUGCUGCUGGGCGCCUGCCCGGGGCUGUCGCGGUGCCUGGGCUCCUUCGUGCAGUGCGAGCCCUGCGAUGCCAAGGCGCUGUCGCUCUGCCCGCCGUCGCCGCUGGGCUGCGAGCUGGUGAAGGAGCCGGGCUGCGGCUGCUGCCUCACCUGCGCCCUGCCCGCCGGGCAGCCCUGCGGCGUCUACACCGAGCGCUGCGCCCGCGGGCUGCGCUGCCUGCCGCGCCAGGGCGAGGAGAAGCCGCUGCACGCCCUGCUCCACGGCACCGCCGUCUGCCUCAGCGAGAAGAGCUACCGCGAGCAAGCCAAGGCCGAACGGGAAUCCCGGGAGCAUGAGGAGCCGACCACGUCGGAGAUGACAGAGGAGACCUACCCACCCAAGGCCUACCGGCCCAAGCACGGGCGCCUCUCUGAGCUCAAGGCCGAAGCCCUGAAGAAGGACCGCCGGAAGAAGCUGACCCUGGCAAAGUUCGUGGGCAUGGCUGAGAACACAGCUCACCCUCGUGUUGUCAUCCCUGAGCUCCGGCAGGAGUUUGAGCUGGGCCCGUGCCGCAGGCACAUGGAGGCGUCCCUGCAGGAGCUGAAGAGCAGCCAGCGGAUGGUCCCCCGCGCUGUCCACCUCCCCAACUGUGACCGCAAGGGCUUCUACAAGAGGAAGCAGUGCAAGCCCUCCCGGGGCCGGAAGCGUGGGCUGUGUUGGUGUGUGGACAAGUAUGGCAUGAAGCUGCCGGGGACUGACUUCCUGAGCGGAGACCUGCAGUGCCACGCGUUUGACAGCAGCAAUGUGGAGUGAAGCCACCUCCCCUCCCUCCGCCCCAUCACUAUCUAUCCAGACUCCCUUCCACCCUCCCCUCUGCACCUCCCCACGCCCCGGGACUCCGAUUCCUUUCAUCUCAUGUAAGACGAAAAAAGAAAGGAAAAGAAAAAAGAGAAAGGAAGAAAAAUGAAAAAAAAAAACGGAAAGGGAAAGAAAGAAAGAAAG